UACUAUGUUCACAUAUAAGCAGGUUAGCCAGGUUAGCUAGGUUAACUAGGUUAUCUUGUAACCUACCCAUAAAAUGCGAGGUUAGCCAUAUAAUUUGUAUGAAAAGAUAACCUCGGUCUGCUCUAUAACCUACGCGGUUAUUUUAUAACCUACUAAAAUAUGCAUUGUUGCAUUGGAAAGCAGUCGAAAUAUACUCGAAAUUGCGACACUUCAGUAUCUAUUGUGAAUAUUUUUGCUUAAAUUUGACAGCAACUGACAAAAAAUUCGCAGGAAUUUAAAAGAUGGAGCAAUUAAAUCGGAAAAGGAAAAACCGUGUUAAAUGGACAAUAGAUGCAGAGAAAUUGCUGCUAUUGCACUGGGCAGAUAGCAUAGACGAAUUACGAAGCGCGAAAAAAAAUUUUCAUAUCUUUGCGCGUUUGGAAAAGGAAUUUUCAAAAAGGCAGAUGAACUACAGUGCAGCUGCAAUAAAGGAAAAAGUCCAAAAUUUUACCAAUCGAUACAAAUUAGAAAAGAAUGCGGUGGGUAUGACUGGUGGUUCGCCUUCCUCUUGGAUCCACUACAAGGAGGUGGAAGAAAUACUCAGUGGUAAUAAGGCAGUAAAUUUCAAAGAACUCAUGCAAGAGAGUAUAGGUAAUAUAAAAAUGAAAUUUUUGUUUGCUCUUUUAUUUAUUAUUUUAUUUUAA